AUCUGCUCCUUCUCUUCUUCGCCGGAACACGUCGCGGUCGUGGACCCGCGGCGAAGGAGACAGAACACUAUUUGUCCUUGCAGCGGUCCACCGGUCCAGUUAGCGCAGUUCCUCCGGUGUAACGUCUGCAGCGAAUCUCACGCCGUCACACCCGCGACCGCGAUCUGUGCACGACUGCCCACAUCGCGCGCAUACACUCCUGCACAUCACAGACAUCCUGCGAGAUCUGUAGCGGAUCUAUACAGGCGCUCUUCUGCCCCGUCGCCGCCAUCAUGCGCCGACAAUUGUUCUGGAGCGGUUGCCUGUUGGCGCUGACCGCCGCGGCGGCAUUGACGGCCGCUGCCCCGAAGACCGCGGCACCCGCCGAACCGUCCGACGAGGACGUGGUGACGUACGAUCAGCGGCAAAACGGCACGGAGAACGUGCGGAUCAGCCUGAGCGAUCUCAAAGUGGUGCUGGCCCCGGCCGACGGGCUGUUCCAGAUAAUGUCCAUGGCCGGCGCGCAGUUGCUCAACUCGGAGUUUGCCGGCGCCGCGUCCGAACACCGUCCGACAGAAGUCGAGUGCACCGGGUUCAAGUGCAACAAUCGGCAUAGGCAGGCCGCCAAGAAGAAUCGUUUCAAACUAUCGAGUCUUAUAGCACCAUUGUUAAACAACCAAGCUGAAAAGAAAAUUGCAGAAAAAGAAAGUAUUAGUCUCAACCACAAUGCUAAUUAUUAAACAUCGAAUAGCUUUGAAAUACUAUUUAUAAUACCGGCUCAAAUAGUUUCAUUUAAUAUCAAUACAAGGGUGGAUACAAUUAAAUUACCUGAAUAUUUUAUAAAACUAAAAUAUUGUUGUGCGUUAUUAUGGUAUAUUUGAUAAUUUCAAUAUUUGUACUUAGCAUUAAAAAUAUGAAUUGUAAAAAAUUACGUAAACAUUAAGUAUACUUAGCUUAGUAAUUUAUUUGUAAAUUGGUCGCAUUUAGUGUCUAUGUAAAACCAUAAUUAAUGUAUAAUAUUAAACGCAGUUUUGUUAAAUAUAGAACUUCA